GAACCUAAAACACCAUCGCCUUGUUUGGGAGCGGACGGACGUGUUCACCAUCAGCAACGCUCUGCAGCUCGACGCCGUGCGGCGAUGCCCCGACCACAGUCUCUUUGAUGUGCUGAUGAGCCUGUUCAAGCGCUCUGUGAAUGUGGACCAGGACGGCAUUGGGUGGAUUCCCGUGCUCCUGCGCCCAGGCCGCACCGCGCCUGGGCUGAAGGGGCGGAUCUUCUCCGGCAUCGGUCGGUGCCCGCACAGAGUUCAUGAGCAGCUGCCGCCGGAGAUUCGCAAGGAGAUCGAGAUGGGGGUCCCAGACACGCUUGUGGGGCGCUCUGCGUUUGCCUUCAAGAAGUUGGUCCGCUACAUUGCGCGGCAUCGCCUUGGAUCCGUCGAGCUGGACAUCAAGAACUCGUUCUUCCAGCUCUUGAACCGACAGAAGCCGCUGCCGCCCAUCAUGGCGGAGUACCUGGACCACCGUGAGGCCCGCCGGCGCAGCGUGGCGAAGGAGCUGAUGAUUGCCCUGGGCUUUGGGGGUGGUUUCGCAAACUGGACGAGCAAGGUGGCUGCUUGGCUCUACGGCUUCGAGACGGCGGCGCGCCUCUACCACGUGGCCGUUUUUGAGCUGCUGCCACAGAAGGCCAAGGACUGGCACAUGGCGCAGGGCCGCUCCACUGCCUCGGGGGCCUUUGCCCUGUACGCCCACCACGAGAGGUUGCAGAUGGAGAAGAUGGCGGCGGCAGCGGGCAGGGCCUUCAACGACCACCAGCACGACGGCAUCGGGGCCCUCCGCUCCGCGAGCGAGGCCGUGAAGCGAGCCGUGGAUGUCGAGGUGGUCGUGCACGAGCUGGAGGACCCGUGGGCAUACGCGGCGGCGAAGUACCCCAACUUGGAUGGGAGACUCAAGUCGAAGAUGGAGUUCUCCGGGUACCACCAACUGCUCCAGCGCUGCAGGCAGCACGUCAUACUUGGACGGGCGAGGGCAAACACCGUGGACUUUGCGAAGCUGGCGGCGGCGCAGCUGGUCCCGGUCGUACACGUUCCGGGGGAGGGGGGUGAGAAGAGGACCACCUACGAAAGCUUCGAGAAGGGAGGCUUCUGGCUGGUGCGAAACCGGGACGACUUGGGCCAGACCGUGGAAGACCUGAUGUGCAAGAUGUGUUGCCCGGUCUUCGAGACAGCCGAUGAGAACUACGUACCGCCGCCGCCCCUCAACGAUAAUGCCUUCUUCACGAUGGCGGACCUCGACGGCGACGAGACACGGCACAAAAUCCUCUUUUGCGACGGCAUGCUCUACGAUUUCAAGGAGCGUGUCCUCCGAUCACCGAUCCCCGCCGACCGCAUGGGCUUCCACGCGGCGGCGACCUCAGAGAUGUGGCAGCCGUGCAAGGCGACCAAGCUCUUCGAGCACAUCCUGGCUUUCUUGAAGGAGCAUGUGGAGACGGGGGUGUGUCUGCUCGAGGCCAGCGAGAAUGGCAAACAGGUCAUCGAGUGCUUCGAGGAAUUGGAGCAGGACGGGUGCGAGAUCCUCCGCCACAUGAAGGUGGCCAUCUCCGCGACGCCGCGGUUCUGCGAGAUGUACUACAUCUGGGGAAGCCAGGAUUCCGGAAAGGACACCAAGGUGAAGAUGUUGCACGCCUUCCUCGGUCACGGCAAGGACAACUACGGGGUGCAGCUUCCGGGAAACUAUGUGGUGCAACAGACUCGCUACCUGACCGCGAAGGACGGACCCGCGCCUUACCAUGCAAGGACUCUAGGCAAGCGGCUGGCCUGGGCCAGUGAAGUCCCCGAGCACUACUCGUUGGCGGAUGACUUCAUCAAGCCCUUUUGUGACAUGGAAGGAGAGUUCAACAAGUACAUCUUCUUCCUUGCGGCAAAUCUCGUGGACUCGUUGGAGAUGGAGUACAACCCAGGCACCGAGAUCAAGCCGCAGCCACCGGAGAUGAAGAUGAGCGCCAUGGACCUGGUCCCAUGUGCAGACAAGGACGAGGAGGCCAAACCCGAGGCCUUCAUGGCAGAGAUGUGUGAGCUGGUGCCCUUGAAGGAAGCAAACCUCCACACGGAGCUGACGAUGGCGCUGAAGACCUACCUCAGCCUGGACACCUUGGGCGCGGCAAAGAGCGUGAUCUCGAAGCUGGGGAUCAAAGGACAAUCCUAUGGCCCGCGGUACAUCUCCACCCUCAAGCAAAAUGAGCGCAUGGUGCUCCGAUCGGCAAGUAGCUCUUAG